GUCUUCACCAUCAACAACAAUGGCGUUCUUCAAGGUGGGUGUGGUGGUGCUGGUGGCGGCUGUUGCUGCGGUCUGGGCUGGACCCAUCUACGACAACACUGGCGGCGACAACGCAGGACCCGCAAUAUACACAUUCUCCUACGACGCCAACGACGCGGAGUCCGGGAACCAGUACGGCCACGCGGAACAGCGGGACGGCACCAGUUCCUCAGGGGAGUACCGCGUCCUGCUGCCCGACGGCCGCACCCAAGUGGUUACCUACACAGUGGAGGGCGACGAUGGCUACGUCGCCAAGGUCACCUACGAGGGCGGUGGUGGCCUGGGACACAGUAGCGGCGGCUACGCAUAGGGACCAACUCACCUGUCAGGACACCGAAGGCCCCCAGUACUGACCACACUCAGGAGAGUACCGGGUGGAGUCAACACACCGGUAGCUAUGAGUAGAGACCACACCCACUUACUAGAAUACCGGGAGCCUUCAGCUGCUCACUUAUGAGGAUACCGGGAACUUCAACACCCAGUAACAAUCACAUCCAUAUUUUGGGGACCUUCAGCUCCCCGGUAACCUCAUGAAUGGAGCCAUGUUAGGCCUACAGGUCAUCCCUAAGCAGACCGGUAAUAUUCAGCACCCGGUGGCUUUGACUGGGAGACAGAGACCUACAGUUCUUUACCUUAAGCACCUUCACCACCAGCAGGAGCCCGACGCCCUCGGUGAAGCCCUUCUGUAUGAUCCGAGUUACUGGUGAAGCGUCUACGUCGUGUCUACGUCACCAUAAGAGAGAAUGAUGCAGUUAACUCCUAAUAUGUUGAGUGUGUGUGUGUGUGACAGUGUAUAUACUAAUGUGCGUGUGUGAUAGUGUAUGCACAAGGAUGUGGGUGAGAAAGGGAAAGUAAGUGAGAAUGCACAUGAGUAAGCUGUACAGUUAAGGUGUAUCGCGCAUGUGAGAGCCAUCGUGACUGCGUGGACAUUGAAGUGUGUGUGUGUGUGUGUCAUAACAUGAAUGAGGGAGUGGUGGGUGACGGGUGAGGAUCAACGGAGGAUUAGGAGACAAGUGGCUGAACUGUCGACAAUGUCUUCGGCACCAAAACCUCCUGCCUCCACACCACCUGACGCGCCCUAACCUGUUUCACUGCACCCCCCCUACUUCACUGCCACCCAUCCCCCCCCCCUAUUUCCUCACUGCUACCCACCAUCUAACACUCCUCACACAGUCCUAUCAACAGAUUAUUAUUUACAUGUUGGUUAUAUAAGUUUUGUGUAUACGUCAUUUGUUAUAUGUACUGUUUUUGUUUCUCUUUUCGAUAUUAAUAAAGAAUAAAACAU